AUGGACUGGUUUGAUGGUUGGGAGAGGAUGGAUGAGCUGGAUGAGGGUAUGGAAUGCUGGAAAGAGGGGGAGUCUGACGAUGCUUAUAUAGAUCGCCCGGUUCUUGGCGCGCCUCGCAUUCCAAGUCCCGAUUUUAACACACGGACAAAAAAAAAGAACGAACGAACAAGCUCCGCUUCGCAGGGCAAUCCGGAAGAUGCGUUGCAGGGAGCCGGGAACCCAGGCGCCAAGCGAGAAGCAAGUAGUCAACUAGAGCCGGCGUAA